AUGAUAUACGACUCUGGUAAACUAAUAUUCGUUGGUGCAAAAACAAAAAAUGUUGGUCGAAUCGCAUUACGAAAGACUGCUCGCAUAAUACAAAAACUCGGAUAUGACAUCAAAUUACAUAACUUACGUGUGACUAACAUUGCUGCGUCACAUGACCUGAAAAACGAUUUGAAUGUCGAGAAAUUGAUGAAUCAAUUUAAUUGGAGCUGUAAUUUUGAGUUGGAAAUAUUUCCACAUUUGAGGAUCAAUUGUGGUAAUAAAAGACACAUAACUCUCACUAGAAAAGGAAAAAUGAUAUUGACUGGUGUUAAUACUAGAAAAGCAUUGAAUGAGUUGUUUGAAGAGUUUAUGUUUAAAUACUUUGAUUACUUAAUAAACAAAUAA